AUGGCGUUUAAGGGGAAAAUUUUACUCCAGGCUAGCAGGGCUAGGUUUAUCGAGAGUCUGAGAGCGGAGUCAGCCUCCGAAAGCGUGCAGGCUCUCACGGUGGCUGAGCUCCAAUCCAAGCUCGACAUGCUGGAGAACCAUUGGAGCAUGUUCGACACUCUACAUGUGAAGCUGCUGACUGCCAAAGAUAAUGAGGAGGUGCUGGAACACGCUUACGUCACGGAGGAGGUGUACGACAAGUGCCUGGUGAUGUACUCCGCAGCGCGCAGCAAGUUCAUGGGAUGGAUCAAGGGUCUGGAUGAGUCCAUCGACCUCUCCGAGUCAUUCCGUCGGCCAUCUGCUCCGUCUCCACCGGCGUCUGUGGCUCAUCGGCAGUUUCCUAAGAUCUCGCUGCCAACAUUCUCAGGGGCCUUUUCGGAGUGGAUACCGUACAAGGAUCUGUUCCUCUCCAUGGUGGUCGGGAGUUCGGCGUUAAGCACUGUGGAGAAGUUCCACUAUCUGCUGACGUCUCUCACGGGUGAGCCUAAGCAGCUGAUCUCCACCUUGCCCGUGACCGAGGACGCGUUCCUGCCAGCAUGGAACGCCCUCUUGGCUCGUUACGAGAACAAGAGGCGGCUCGUCUCUAUCCAGCUGGGGAAGCUCCACGCGGCGCCGAGGGUCAUUAACCGCACCGCCAGGGAGUACAACGCGCUUCUCAACUCCGUGGCCGAGGCGGUCACCGCGCUGGAGUCUCUCGGUCGUCCGGUGGAGCAUUGGGACGAUAUGCUCGUCCACCUCGUUUCGACGCGGCUGGACGCCAAGAUGCUGGAGGCCUGGGAGAUUGAACUCGGCUCAUCAACGGAGUUUCCCACGUACGCCGCUCUCAGGGAGUUCGUGCUCGGUAGGGCCUUGGCCAGGGAAACGAUGGAGAUGCACGCCUCGGAGCCGCCAUCGACUGCGUCAUCGAACCCUCACCAGGCCUCGAAGCCUCGGCCAUCGAAGGGCCACCCCUCAAGUCAGACUGUGACGGUCUACGCUCCAGGCCAGCCUGCUCGGGUCUACAGUGCCUCGGCUGGUCCUACUUCGCAGCCUAUGUCCGGGAAAGAGUCGGGGAGCCACUCGUCUCGGGCUGUGAAGCCUCAACCUCAGCCUCCGUCUCAAAGUUGGGCGGACAUGUGCUUCCGGGCCUGUCCGAUGUGCGAGGAGGAGCAUUCGUUGGACAGGUGCUCCAAAUUCAAGGCUCUGUCUCCUACCGAGAGGAGAUCAUUCGUCGUUCUCAAACAUCGAUGCUGCAACUGCCUGGGGAAGCAUAAUAGGGAGAGUUGCCGGAGCCUCAACAAGACCUGCGUUGUGUGUCGGCAGAAUCACCACUCGAUGAUUCACAUCAAUCGUCCUCAGCCAACACCUCAAGGAUCCUCCCAGCCUCGUGACAGCCAGCGGGUUGUUAAGACAAGCAGGAGCCUCAGCCCGGCCCAUCCAUACAGUCCACUGCCUCUAGGCCUGACAUGUCUCCACAGUGACAUGCGAUACCGACGCCUGCGCCAGAGUCGUCGCCGCGCCAUGACCUCUCUCUACGGCCGGCUCUGGCGACCCAGACCAGGUGUGAUUCUCGCCACAGCCCUAGCCUCGCUAGUCUUGACGGACGGCGCUUCUCACGAGGUUAGGAUGCUGCUGGAUACUGGUUCUGAGCUGUCGUUCGCUACAAGGGAGCUGGUCAAGAAGCUCAGCUUGCCGAUUUCUCCAGCUGUGCUACCGGGCGUUGGUAUCAGUGGUUCUACCUCUGCCUCUAAUGGGUUCUCUCAAUUUUCUCUCAAGUCUCUGCACUCCAGCAAGCAGAUUCUUGUCAAGGCCUACGUUCUCGAUAGCCUCACGUCGUCGUUGCCGUCGUUCUCCGCCUCUCAACCUCAGCAUUGGGAGCAUCUCCGAGGGUUGCAGCUAGCGGAUCCACACUAUCUGACGUCAAGACCUGUCGAUCUUCUCAUUGGCGCAGAUUUCUUUGGAUCGAUAGUGGAGCCGCAGAUCAUCAAGGGGCCAUCCGAUUCUCCUAUUGCGAUGCUGACUCUCUUCGGGUGGGUGGUGCUCGGGCCCACCUCUGCAGUGACGUCGGCGGCGAGCUUGCAUCACGUCUCUGUCAGCAACGAGGAACUUAGCGAGCUUCUCACCUCGUUCUGGCAGCAGGAGGAGGUAUCUGCGGCGGAGGGCAAGGACGUCGCUCUCACGAAGGAAGAGGCAGAGUGCGAGGAGUUUUUCCAACGCACCCAUACCCGGGAUCGCUCGGGGCGCUAUAUUGUUCGUCUGCCUCUCGUUCGCUCUCCCGCAGAGCUCGGGGAUUCUCUAGGCCGCGCGAAGGCGUGCCUCGCGAGCCUGCUUAGGAGGUUGGAGAAAAAUCAAGGAUCUCUGCAGCUUUAUAGUGAAUUUCUCAAGGAGUACGAAGAGUUGGGGCACAUGGUGUGUGUUCCGGCUGUACCUGUCUCAGGCGACUCUCGGAUCUUGGACCGUCAACCUGGCGAGAUGACCUUGGCACAUGGGGCUUCGGCCUCAGGAGGGUUGAGGGUCUCCGAGGGCGGGUGGUCAUAUCAGGAUUCCGGUCAGAGUUCGUCUACGAGGCGAUCUCGCUCUUCUGCUCCUGCGUUCUACUUCCCUCAUCAUUGUGUUCUCCGGGAAAGUAGUGAAACUACGAAGCUGAGGGUAGUCUUCAAUGGUUCCAGUAAGAGUAGCUCCGGAGUGUCUCUCAACGACAUCCAGCAUACUGGGGCCAAGCUGCAACGAAACAUCUCUGAUGUACUGCUCUGGUCUCGACAGAGCAGGUACAUCUUUAUGACGGACAUCACGAAGAUGUUCCGUCAGAUCAAGGUGCAUCGGGAGGACUGGCCUCUCCAACAGAUUUUGUGGCGUGAUUCUCGGGGCCAAAUCUGCACCUAUCAGCUCACCACCGUCCCCUACGGGACCAAGUCUGCUCCAUUCCUCGCCUGUAGGGUUCUCGACCAGCUGGUCAAGGACGAAGGGCAUCGGUUCCCUCUAGCCGUUUCCCCCUUGAGCAGCGGAAGAUAUGUGGACGACAUCUGUGGUGGAGCUGACGAGGAGGACGAUCUCCACUUCGUAGCUCAGCAAGUGGCGGAGCUCUGCUGGGCUGGCGGAUUCCCUCUAGCGAAGUGGCACUCGAACAGUCCGUCUCUACUUCGUGCUCUGACACCGGGAGGCUUCUCUCAGAGUCCGAAGCCGCUAGAGGACUCUACCACAAAAAUUCUCGGCUUGAAGUGGGAUCCAAGCGACGACCGGUUGAGGUUCUCCAUCCGUCUCUCAGUCGGCGUGAAGCCAUCGAAGAGGAUUGUGCUGUCGGAGAUUGCGCAGCUCUUCGACCCUCUAGGGCUGCUCUCACCGGUGGUGAUACGUGCCAAGGCUCUUCUGCAGCAACUGUGGCUGGAGAAAUUGGACUGGGACGAGGAGUUGCCGGUGCAUCUGGUCCAGAAGUGGGUUCGGUUCCGAGAAGAACUGGCCCAGGUGGAUCAACUCUCGAUCCCGCGGUGGAUGGGAUAUAGGAAGGAUUCUCGGGUGGAAAUCCAUGGCUUCUCGGAUGCGUCUCUACUAGCGAUGUCGGCGGUGGUCUAUUUGAAGGUGACAAGUGAGGAUGGUGUCAGCAUCUCCUUAGCUGUCGCUAAGACGAAGGUAGCUCCUCUCAAGAAGCUCACCAUCCCGCGUCUGGAGCUCAACGCCGCGGUCAUCCUAGCUAAGCUCACAAGGUACGUGAUUGAGCAGCUCAACCUUGAUAGUGCUCCGGUCCAUUUGUGGACGGACUCCGCGGUUGCUCUGGCGUGGAUUUGCGCUCAUUCUUCCAGGUGGAAGGAAUAUGUCCACAACAGGGUAACCGUCGUUCAGGAGCUUGUGCAACAAGCCAGUUGGAGGUACGUCAGUGGGAAGGAGAAUCCUGCUGAUUGCGCAUCAAGGGGCAUUUCGGUGGCUCAACUUAAUGGGCAUCAUCUGUGGUGGACGGGCCCAAAGUGGCUACGGAAGGAGGCGUCUCAGUGGCCAAGUGGAAGAGCAACGUUGGACCCGUCUACAGAUUUAGAGGAGAAGCCGGGGGUGACUCUAGCCGCUUCCCUCGGAAGAUCAAGUCUCUGGGAUCUCUGUUCGCGGUAUUCCUCUCUCUACAAGUUGCUGAGGAUCACAGCAAUUUGCCAAACGGUUGUGGGGAAUAUGCUGCGGAAGCUGGAAAGGAAGAGGGGCAUCAUCGUUCCAGCAGUGUUCAGCCCUGGAAGCAUGGAGGCAGCUCGGCUUUAUUGGGUCAAGGCGACUCAAGUCCAUCAUCUCCAAGCCGAGUGUGACAUCAUCUCUCACGGAUUGCAGUUGAAGAAGUCUCAUCCGUUGACCAAGCUCACGGCCUUCAUUGAUCAACAAGGAGUUCUCAGAGUCGGCGGGCGGUUGAAGUUCUCUACUCUAGGGCCAGAGAGUAGGCAUCAGGCCAUCAGCCCUCAAGGCUCAGUGCUCGCGGAGCUCAUCAUCAGGGACUCUCAUCAGCGGACGCUGCACGGUGGAACUCAACUCACCUUGGCACAUCUCCGGAGGUCUUACUGGAUUAUUGGAGGUCGUCUACCAGUAAGAUCCUUCAUCCUCAAGUGCGUGGAGUGCGCACGUCAUCGGGGGAUUCGCGCUCAGCAGCUGAUGGGUCAGCUUCCAGUGGCACGUCUGGUGUCGGAUCGUGCUUUCUCUAACACUGGUGUGGACUAUGCCGGACCAGUGUCUCUCAAGACUUGGAGGGGACGUGGUCACAAGACCCAGAAGGGUUGGUUGGUGAUCUUCGUGUGUAUGGCCACGUGCGCUCUCCAUCUGGAAGCUGUCACGGACUACACCGCGGAUGGGUUCAUCGCCGCCUAUCGGAGGUUCGUGAGUCGUCGGGGAUACUGCAGACACCUGUAUAGUGACUGUGGGACCAACUUCAUCGGGGCGGAUAAGGAGCUGAAGAAGUUGUUCUCCGCUGGAGCCAAGGAGUUCCAGCAUCUCUCUGCAGUAUGUCUCAAGGACGGAACGUGUUGGUCAUUCAACCCCCCUGGAGCGCCUCAUUUCGGGGGUAAAUGGGAAGCAGCGGUCAAGUCGGUAAAGUACCUUCUCGCUCGAACGGUUCGAGAUACGGCUCUCACGUUCGAGGAGCUCUCUACGCUGCUGUCCCAGAUUGAAGCCGUUCUCAACUCCAGGCCUCUACAACCGCUCUCGGAAGAUCCUGACGAUGUGGCCUGCCUCACCCCGGGGCACUUCCUCAUUGGAGAAGCUCCAAUAGCUCUUCCGGAGCCCUCACUGGAACACCUCAACGUUGGACGACUCUCUAGAUGGCAACUGAUCCAGCAGAGGCUGCAGUUCUUCUGGAAGCAAUGGUCUACAGGGUAUCUGCAGCAGCUCCAGUCCAUCUCCAAGUGGCAUCACCCGUCCAACGAGAUCAAAGUCGGCAGCCUGGUUCUUCUCUACGACGAGCGGUUCCCGCCAGCGAAGUGGCCUCUUGCUCGGGUCACAGCUCUACAUCCUGGAAGGGACGGUCUCUCCAGAGUUGUGACCAUCAGAACCGCCUCGACGACGUUGACCAGGCCGAUCUCCAAGCUGACCUCUGCAAACGAUCUCUACUCCUUCUGUGUCAGCAACGGGGUUCCUGACGGGGGGGAGAAUGUUGAGGCGACGGCCUCAUGUGGCGAAGGGUGGCAGCACCUCCUGGGCGAGGUCUGCCUGACCGGCCGCGCUGGCAUCCAGUACAUCUCUGUCGCCAAAGUUUUCUCUACCGCGCUCAAUAUUCAACUGUUCGCUCGCGGCUUAUUGACAAACCCAGUGUUUCUCGUGUCACAGUUAUUCUCCCCCGUUAACCCGCAUCCCCCUCUCUACCGGUUUUUGUGUGUGCUCUCGCCGGAACAGAAUGCGAAGUGGAAGAUUUCCUUGUUGAUCCUUCUUGCGAAAUAUGCGAAAAAUGGAAAAACUUUGGCCGUGGUUACCAAAGUAAUUGUGCAUAAUAGUGAUGUUUUAUUAUAUAAAAUGUCGAAGGCAAAUGGUUUUUUCGACUGCAUAGAACACACGAGAUUAUGCAAAGCAGGCGUGGGGGAAAAACUCUAUUGCCAACAAAUGCAAAACAAGUGGGGAGCGAAAAAAAGGAAAACUCGAGCAUCCUUCCUCAUCAGCUAUUCAAAGCACCUCCCACCAAGGCCAAAUUUUCAAAAAGUGUGGAAAACUUAG